GUAGAGACAUUGCCUCCUCUCACGUGACUUUAUGCCUACUGUAUAUUCCGCGGUUACCCCACUCACAUUCACGCUACGCUUUAGGAGCUCAAUGAGAUCGCAGUGAGCUGAAGGGAGGCAAGAGAGGUGAUACCUCUCUCUGAAACUAUAUCCACUGGUGUCGCGAUGUUGGACAGUGUAUUUUUAGAAAUAUGACUGAUAUACACAUUAUUUGAGAAUUUUGAGCUUGCAUAUCGUAAUAUUUUGUUUUAUUUAUGUACAGUCGAUUAUAUUUCUCAUCUGAAUUUUGAGGCAGAUGCAAGCGCUUGGACAAUGCAUUGCAAACGUGCUGUGCAAUUUAACAUGCUUAACAUUCUUGCAUUACUGUGACAGUAACAAACCUCAGUACCUCAAGGGGGCGAUAGAGUUACCUUCAAAUGUCGGAACCAUUAAACUGGAUGUGUUAUAAUUAAGAGUAACCAACCUGACCAAUCCCUGACUUCAUUUCCUGCUCAUCAUUCACACCUUCAAGCUCCAAGCAUUCUUUACAAUUUUCGAAUGGACAAUAGUUUCUGCAAAGCUUUAUCCCCUUUCCUGUACCUCCCAGCUUCCAUCAGCUGUCCAUUCUGAUCUUAACUCCAACAUUAUUAACAUACUCUGCCAGAUCCCUUUCUGAUGGUGCACCUCUUACCAUGCUCAAAGCAUAGUGUCACCUCUACAUUAGAAAAACAGACUGGCGUAGAUUGAUCUUGUUGGAUGAAUCUAAUGCAGCCUCUCCCUCCAUUAACUUCCUUUGUUUGUGUUCUUGAUCUGAUUAUUUUGAGCUUAAUCAUCUAAGAGGACUUAAAUGUCCUUUCAAAAUAAGCCACUGCCUCUCUUUAACUUAUCUGGAUCUCUGAAGCUACAAAUCAAAUAUGUGGUCCACGUUCAUCGUGCAGGAUGAAGAGGUAAGGACAGGGACUGCACCUGCUGGGGUGCACCAAGGUUCGGGUGGUCUGGAAGGGCUUAUGGGAUCCCGGAGCGAUGGGCGCAAACGCCGACUUAGAACAUUGUCCAGUUCUGGCAAAGGCAUUAGCGAAAGCCAAGAGGGAAAGAUUAAGCUGACAUUUUUCAUGGCUGUGACUGGCAUCAUGCUUACUGUGCUAGGGGUGGGCACAGAAUUUUGGGUGGAGCUCACACCAUCAAAGAGAUUCCACAACAACCAGACUUGCCUGGCAGCACAUUAUGGUUUGUGGAAAUGUUGCACCAAGACCUUCUGGGUGUCAGAUAUUGACUCAAAGCAGGAGAGCUGUGGGCCACUGGAUUUACAGGGAGAAUCCAAUUGCACCUUCUUCAAAUUCUACACCACUGGAGAAAACAUUGUCCUAUUUCAGAAAACGCCAGAAAAGGAUCUGACUGUAGCAUCGGCCAUGUUUGCUAUCUUUAGUCUUUCCCUGAUGGUGAUGGGGGCUGUCUGCAUCAUCAUGGCAGUAAGCAAAGGUGUGCAGUUCUUCUUGAAGCCAGCCUGUGUUUGCUUCAUACUAUCAGGUGUCUUAAUCUUCAUCUGUCUCAUUGUCUUCCACCAAUCAGUGCUUUCAUUCCUGGCAAGUGACCAAUCCAUACCUCUACACCAUAAAAUGUCGUGGUCAGUGACAUGUUUAGGUUGCGCUGGGGCUCUUGUUGUUGUUGCAGGGACCUUGUUCUUGGUCCUUGCUCUACCUUACAGUCCUUGGGAAAAAUGCCUUCCUAAAAACAACAGUGACAUCUAGUGGUGUGGAGGAUGAAGAGCAGUUUGCACUCUAUCCUAUUAAUACUGUGGAACAGAUAACAGUAUUCAUAUACAUCUUGGAGAACCUAUGAAACAGAAGGAUUAAUGGACUACUUCUCCACUGAUGAAAAAAUACUGUUCCAUAUAUAGGAUAUGUUAUGUGAAACAAUGCAGUAUUUUGCUUUUGUUUGAGGGUUGGAUAAAUGUAAUAUGAAAGGUGUAAGAAAUAUAACAGGAGGUAGGCCAGGCAUUUCAGCAGAUUACACAUAAUAUUAGGAUGGAAUAUUUCAGAUCAUCAAGCCUUAAAUAUUAAUACCUAAGUAAGUAACCUGAUGUGUAAUGGUUCUUAGAUUAUGUUGGACAUUUGUUUAACUUUUCUCCAGAAACAUUGCACAGUUUAACUUGAUGCUGUACUACCCUCAUAUAGUUAGAAACCCGCAUGACAUGGAACACAAAAGGAGAGAUUGGGAAGAAUGACAAUCUCAGUCACAAUUCACUUUCAAAAAAAAAAAAAAAGAUGCACUGAACGCGAACGGUGACUAAGACUAACAUACUCUCCUAUUGUGUUCCAUUAAAGAAAAAAAGUCAGGUUUGGAACAACAGGAGGGUGAUUGAAUGAUAAAAUCUAAAUGUUUGGAUGAAUUAAUCUGAAUUAAUCUGAUUUAUUUAAGAUUUGUUUUGUGCUUUUAUGUGCCAAUGAAAAGCCUUUAUCAUUGGUUUUAACCAGCCUUCUUCAUCUGGAGAUGAUUCAGUUGAUGACAGUAAUGAGAUGAACUGAAAUCAAAAGUAUUAAUUAAAGCCACAUUAUCUGCAGCUUCUUCUGUCCAUUGUGGACACUGACACUGUUGCUGAUCUAGCAUCAGUUAUUAAAAGCGUAAUGCAAUUAGUGAAAUGGCAGAUCACAAUAAUGAGAAAGUUUCAUUGUUUGCCUGCCGCUGGUGCAUGACAGAAAGAGCUUUCCUACUGAGUGGGGUUGGAUUCUGCACAAUUCAAAGUAUAAAUGUGCCAUUUUAUAAUUCAAACUUUGGUGGAAGAUGGUAUGCAUUUUAUUUCAUACACUUUAUUCAGUACAAAAAUGUCAUAUUUUUAUAAAACAAAAUAUAUAUUAAUAUUGGUUUAGCAAAGAGUAUACACAAAGAUUUUAGAAGCAGAGGCGUGAUACAUUUUUUAUGGGGGUACAUAUUAGACGGGAUGAAUGCAGAAUUUUAAUUCUGGGGAAUAUUUCUGCAAGCAGCUAUUCAGUUUACUUUAAUGGUUAUUUGUAGUUUAUAUCAUAACAAAAUCAAAGUUUUCUCUUCAGAUCUAGAAACUUGAAGCAUCUAAAGCAAACUUACACAUGUAUAAUUUAUGCACAAUAACAAAUAAAUUCUGUUCUCAGUAAAAUCAGGCAAAUUGUUACCUUAAUUCCUAAAUAAGAUAAAUAAAAUAAGCUUUUUGCAUCUUCUGGUAAGGGUUCUAUAUUAUUAUUAUUAGCAGUCCUGGUUUUGGUUCACAGAUUCCCAUGUAAGUUUGCAGUAACCAUUGUUUUUGUUCUGGACUCAAGUGUAAUUUCUUUGUUAACAUUUAUUGUGACUUUCAAUGUCUUACUGUACAUAGAUAUACCUUUAAAAAAAUGCAAUUGCUUUGGAUACUGAAUGUGGUAGUAAUGCACAUUAAUAGCAAAUAAAGAGUGACGCAGAUCUGUUUAUGCAUUGUUUUUUAAAAAUUAUUAUUAUUUAUUCAUGUCACGGUCCUAUCACCUUGUCAGGUUGGGUUUUUGUCUGACAGGACCGUGACAUUAUCGCCC